UGUUACUUUCUUUAUUCGUUUAACUAAAAAGACAGUCAAGAUAUCCUACUAAGUAUAAUACCAGGAAAGGAUCCCACUACAGUUGAAUCAUCAAAUCAAUAAAGAAUCCAGAAUUCACAGACUUAGAACCAGCUAUCCGUCUAACCCCGCCAAAGUUCGUCAUUACUGAUCUUAGUUUCAUCAAUUACAACCACGCAAUAGCUGAAAUUUUCUGAAUUAUUUGUCAUCUAUAAAUUAUUUGUCUACCAAAAUUCAGUCAUAUCACUUUUAAACAAUAACAAUGUCUAAAACUACAGAAAUAUUUUGUCGUCUUCCCAGAUCUGUUGAUUUGAUUCAAGAUUUCGAAGAUAUUACUCCCGCCCCAAAGGCUGUUGAAGAAUGUCGUGUUGCAUUAUACUCAAGUAAUGGGAAAUUCUUUGCAUACACCCAACCAAACGAAGUCGUCAUAGUAGACACUAGUUCCAUCGCUAAAGUUCUUCACCGUAUUGAAUUACCAGAAGUAUUUGACCUUUUAUUUUCUCCAAAUGGUACUUACUUGUGUCUUUGGUGUAAGCCAAUUCAGCUCAAUAAGGAAAAUGGUACUUGGAAUAACAAUUUAAAGAUUUUCAAUGUCAAGACCAAGACCAUAAUUGCCGAAUGGAGUGCCAGACACCAAGCUGGUUGGAAACCUCAAUUUACAAAUGAUGAAAAGAUCUUUUGUAAAGGAUCAAACCUGAAGGAAAUUCAUUUCUUUGAAAUUGACUCAAACUCAAAUGAAUCCAUUAAUAUUAAUCAUCCUACUCAUAAAUUCAAAAUGAGUGAUUCCAAGGCUACAUUCCAAAAUUUUCAAAUUUCUCCAGGAAAGAACCCAAGUAUUGCUAUUUUCAUUCCUGAAAAGUCAGGUAAACCCGCCAGUGUUUUGAUUUACAAUGUUCCAAACUUUAAUCAACCAAUCUGCUCAAAGCAUUUCUUCAAGGCAGAAAGAUGUCAAUUGAAAUGGAACUCUCUUGGUACUGCAUUGUUAGCAUUAGCAUCUACUGAUCAUGAUACAUCUAAUAAAUCUUAUUACGGAGAAACUAACCUUUAUUUGUUAGGUAUUGCUGGUUCUUACGAUUCUAGAAUUGAUUUGAAGAGAGAAGGACCAAUUCACGAUAUCACUUGGUCCCCUUCUGCUCGUGAAUUUGCUGUCAGUUAUGGUUAUAUGCCAUCUGAAACCACUUUCUUUGACCUGAGAGGUAACGAAAUCCAUUCUUUGCCAACCGCUCCAAGAAAUACCAUUUUGUAUUCUCCACACGCCAAGUUCGUCUUAGUUGCUGGUUUUGGUAAUUUACAAGGUACUGUUGAUGUUUAUGACCGUCAAAAUAAAUUUGCCAAGGUUGUUUCAUUUGAAGCUUCAAACACUUCUGUAUGCGAAUGGUCUCCAUGUGGUAGAUUUAUUUUAACCGCAACUACAUCUCCAAGAUUGAGAGUUGAUAAUGGAUUAAAGGUUUGGCAUGCCAGUGGUAAAUUAAUAUACAUGAAGGAAUACCAAGAAUUAUAUUCUAUUGGAUGGAAGCCUCAACCUCUUGAAUUGUUCCCUCAAAUCAAGACCUUGGAACCUGCUCCAGAAGCCCAUGAGUCAACCAAGGAAUUCUUGGCUAAACGUAGUGCCAGUGCUGCCGUUAAAAAGCCAGCUGGUGCUUAUCGUCCACCACACGCUCGUGGUUCCAGCAUGACUCCAACUUCCUCGUUAUAUCAAAAGGAAAUGGAAAACAAUAUGAGAACCGGAACUCCUACUCCUCCUCCCCCGGGAUUAACCAGAAACGGAGUUAACCCAGUCAGUGGUAGACCAAGAACUGUUGUUGGUGCUGCUCCACCAGCUGAGAAAGAAAGCAAGGCCGCUGCUAAGAAUAGAAAGAAGAGAGAAGCCAAGAAGCAACAACAAAGUGAAAAGGUUGAGUCUCCAGCUCCAAUUGCUGCUCCUACUCCAGUGGCACCAGUUACUGGUUCCGUAAUUGGUGGUGUUGCUUCUCUUGAAGAAAAGAAGAUUAGGUCUUUAUUAAAGAAAUUGAGAGCUAUUGAACAAUUGAAAAUGAAACAAGCUGCUGGUGAACAAUUAGAAGAUACUCAAGUUAUUAAGAUUUCUAAAGAAGAUGAAAUUAGACAAGAGUUAAAUACAUUAGGAUGGAAUGAAUAGAUAAUUCGUAUACAGUACAAAUAAGAACAGAUAAGAAUGUAUAAAUAUGUAUAUUAAAAAAAAGUAUUGUUGUGAUGGUCCACUGCACGAGGCGCGCCCCAUCUAGCAAGCUAAUGCAUAAUUAAGAUGCGAGCUCUAUAAUAUAGGAAUAUUUCUUGACAUAUUUUACACAAAUUCAAACAAAAAAUUAUACUUAACGUGCAGCUCAUAAAAUUGCUCUAUGCCAUAAUACAAAGUGAGAGUGUUAAGCCCCCACACACAUAUACAUCUAUAAUUAGCCUAAUAAGGGCUUCUUAAAUCAAACGAAAAUACUUCAUAUUGGAUGCCAGAAUUUCUGAAUUUGCCGGAUUUACCGGAUAUACAGAGUCCACUAGUAUCAGCUUGCAAGAUUACAGAUGUAAAUUUUCAUGAAGUAUACAAUUUACACCCAGUUCUAUGUUCUUAGAACCUUC